UUCAACUCACACACACACACACAACACACAUAAUUCAAUGGUCGGAUAUACAACAAACAAGAGCAACAAUUGGCUUUGCUUCUCGCCAUAUUUUUUUUUUCGUUCGUGGUCGAAUGGUCGUCGUAAAAAAAAAGAAAGAAAGAUAGAGAGGUUGAGGUUGAAAGAGCUUAGAACACACAUAUAACGACAACAGCAAAGAUUUUCAUUGAAAAUUUUUUUUUUCCUUCUUCAUUUAUCUUUAACCUGAUUUAGUGGGUGUGUAUGUUGGCGGUGGUGGUUGUUGUAUAAGAAGGGUGGGGGAGUGUAGCCUGUUUUUUUUAAUUUCUUACCAUUAAUAUUCGUCUUCGCCCUACAUUGGAUCAAACAAAACGUGUGUAAGUCGCGUGUGUGUGUGUUUUUGUGUUUUUGAAUUCUUUUUAUGUUUGGUAAUAAUUGUGUACGACUAUAGUGCAUUAUUCUUGAAUGUUGAAUUCUUUUGAUUUAUUUUGUUGUUACGUCGUUUAUGUUUAGUUCAUAACAUGCCGAAUUUUGUUUGUUUUGAAAUCAUGUGAUUUUUGAAAUCAUCGGCUGGCUUGUUGCCAAAUUGAAAUUCUAUUCGAGUUGUUUUUUUUUGUUUCAUUAAAAUUCAGGACAUUUUCAUUAUUUGAAAAAUGAAUCCAUUAACGAAUGUAAAAAAUCUUACCAAACUUUGUGAACGUGAAUUGGAAUUGGGUAUCAAUGUGGAAAAUUCAUGGCAUCAAAUGUAUAAAGAUAGUGCAUGGAUUUUUAUUGGUGGCCUACAUUAUGAUCUAUCUGAAGGUGAUAUUUUAGCGGUAUUUUCACAAUAUGGUGAAAUUGUCAAUGUAAAUUUAGUACGUGAUAGAAAAACUGGAAAAAGUCGUGGAUUUGCAUUCCUUUGUUAUCAGAAUCAACGUUCUACAAUUUUGGCUGUAGAUAAUUUUAAUGGUAUAAAAUUAUUGAAUAGAAUCAUUCGUGUUGAUCAUGUUGAAGAAUAUAAGAUUCCUAAAGAACAUGGUGACAUUACCAAUGAAUUAAAAGAAUUAUAUAAUGAAGGAUGUGCACCGAAACCAAUCGAACAAUCACAGACAUUGCCAGCUGAAACAAAUUCAAAUGUUGUUGCUGUUCAAGAACAAAGUAAUCAAUCAUCAAAUCAUCAUGAUAAGGCAUAA